AACACUAAACAAUUCCCGAUUAUUUGAUUUGGCUGUUCGGACCACCCAAACCCUCACCUUCUGUCAUCUCCUUCCUUCGUGUUUUCUCUUUCUGCAUUUUUCAAUUGGCUCUCGCAAACCCUAAUUCUAGCUCCACGUAUACAUACAUAUAUGCAUACAUCUCUCGAUUUGCUUUUGGAAUCUCUUUUGCUCUGAAUUUUUUUGUAUUGCCACUCGCUGAAUCACUUCUUUCUUUCUCUUUCUCUCUCACUCUCACUAUUCGUGUGUUGUGUGUGUGAUUUUUGGUCGGAAAUUUGUGAAGUAUCGAUUUGUCGUCAUGGCGGAGAGCAAGCUAGAUCUUCCGGAGGAUCUCAUCGCAUCUAAGCCGUCCGAUCAAUCGUGGACUCCAAAAGCUUCCAUUGGAAAUGAUGAGGACAAGGGUUUGGUGGCAUUACUGGACGAAUCCAAGGAUCAGGCAGUGUCCGAGAGCAUUCCAUUGUCUCCACAGUGGCUUUAUGCGAGGCCAAAUGAACCUAAGACGCAGGAAACCCGGGGGCCAAGUUCUCUGUCACUUGGUAGUUCUGCUGAUUUGAACCAGAAGGAGGUUUGGCGCUCAGAAGCAACUGAGGACAAAAAGGAUUGGAGAAGAAUUGCUCCAGAACCUGAUAGUGGACGCCGCUGGCGUGAAGAAGAAAGGGAAACUGGGAUACUUGGUCGAAGGGAUCGCAGGAAGAUGGAUAGACGGGUUGACAACGCUCCAGGCAGAGAAACAACUGAAAAUAGAUCUUUGCCCGCCACUGACAGAUGGCAUGAUGUUAGUAGCCGCAACUCUGGGCAUGAAACGAGGCGUGACAAAUGGUCUUUAAGAUGGGGUCCUGAUGACAAAGAAAAGGAUGCUCGGGUGGAGAAAAGGACAGAUGUAGAGAAGGAAGAGUCCCAGGGUGAGAGCCAAUCAUUUGUGUCUAAUAGCCGUUCUGUUCCUGAACGCGAUUCAGAUUCUCGUGAUAAGUGGAGGCCUCGACACAGGAUGGAGGGAAAUUCUGGCGGGUUGGGUUUUCGCGCUGCACCAGGAUUUGGACUUGAAAGGGGACGAGUUGAGGGCUCAAAUACGGGCUUUACUGUAGGGCGUGGCAGGUCGAGUGUUUCUCUUGUAAGACCGCCAUCUGUGGUUCCAAUUGGUGUUGCUCAGUAUGACAAGAGUGAAAAUGUUCCCGGAAAACCCCUCUCUGUUGGAACAUUUGUUUACCCAAGGGCCAAACUACUUGACAUAUACCGUAAGCAAAGACUUGAUUCAUCCCUUGCCCGCAUGCCUGACAAUUGGGAGGAAGUUCCUCCAAUAACUCAAUUAGAUGCUAUUGAACCUUUCGCUUUUGUUGCUCCUGAUGCUGAGCAGGAGGCUAUCCUAAAUGACAUAUGGAAGGGUAAAAUAAUAAACAGUGGAGCCUCAUACAGUUCGUUUAGGAAGGGCGGAUCAAUUGAUGAUGUUUCAGAAUUGGGAGAAGAAUUGAACAUUGGAAGACAGGUUUCCCUCACUGCUGAUGUCAUCAAAGAGAUACCAGAUAACCUUGUGAAAGCUUCAGUGGAUCUUCAUAAAGCUACGGUUGACAGCAUCUUCUACGAUAAUAUACCUAAAACAGAGAGAACUGCUGAUCACAAAGAGCAAUAUGAAAUUUCAGAGGCUAUAAACAGAAAAGAACUGGAUGUUGGUAGCGUAAAAUCUCUGAAUGGUGCUCAGUCUGAUGCCUUUCAGCUCAAGGUAACAGGUUCUGCUGUUAAUCAGCAGCCUCUGUUAGAUAGUGCCAAAUCUGCUACAUCAUUUGAUGCUAACAACAAUCUUCCCGGUGAAUCGAACUCCCUCUUUGCUAUGCCAACAUCGGACCAGUAUUGGGAUGGACAGCUACAUGAGAUUGGAAGCAGAACCAAUGAAUAUCAGCUGAAUAGAGGAAUUCCUCCAGAGGAAUUAAGUUUGUAUUAUCGGGAUCCUCAAGGGGAAAUCCAGGGACCUUUUCUUGGAGUGGAUAUCAUUUCAUGGUUUGAGCAAGGCUUUUUUGGGACUGAUUUACCUGUACGUUUGGAAGAUGCUCCUGAUGAGUCACCAUUCCGGGAAUUGGGAGAUGUUAUGCCUCACUUGAAAUUCAGACAUGAGCAUGAUGGUGGAUCUGAUUCCAUUCCUUCAGUAGUGGAUGGCUCAGGCUGGCAAGCUGAUUGCAGUGCUACCUCUGUACAGCACGGUCAAUCGAAGUUACCCGAAAAUCAACGUUUGUCAAAACACUUGUACUCCCAAGGAGAAGAUUUCCAUGAUGAAGAAAUCGUGUUCCCUGGGAGACCCGGAAGUGGUGGCAGUGCUGUAGGGAAGAUUUCUAGAGGAUAUGGCGAACCUGCUACAAGUAGUGGCAACAAGGCUUAUCUUACUAAUGAACUGACAGACUCUGGUAUGUCAGAUCAAAAAGGCAGCAAGAUGCAUCCUCUUGGUUUGUUAUGGUCUGAGCUUGAAAGUACUUAUGGAAGAAGUGAUCAUACACCUCAAUUUGGUGGAGGUGCACAAGACAAGAUUAUUAACCCUGCUUCUGGAAGGAUCGCUCCUUUUAAUGCGAUGCCUGAUCCUACCCGUGUCCCUGAGGCAUGGAGCGAUGUUUAUGGAAGCAGUGCACUUUCUGAUUCCAACUUGUAUCAAGAUGUCUUGGACGCUCGCCACUCUUCAGGGAUGGACCAAGAAUUUAACCGCUUUGAUUUAGCAGAGAAGCUAUUGCCUCAGCAACUUCAGCAGCAGCAUCUUCAGUCACAUAGUAUGAUGCCUCCUCAUAACACACACUUCAACGAAGUAAUGCUAGAGGGGGACCCAAGUCUGAGUUUGAUGCACCACAACAAGCUUGCCAGUCAAACAGCACGAGACAUGGAACACAUCGUGGCCCUUCAGUUGCAACAGCAGAGGCAGCUACAACUUCAACAACAGCAGCAGCUGCAGAAACAACAACAUUUUCACCAACAGCAAAUCUUGUUGAAAGAGCAACAGCAGUCUCAGGCCAGACAGCUUCUUCUUGAGCAGCUGUUGCAGAGUCAGUUGCGUGAAUCUGGUCGUGGACAGUCGCAUAUGGAUGCUCUUAGAUCUAAUGCUGCUCUUGAACAGGCCAUACUGAAGCAACAAAUUCUGAAUGAUCUGCAACAGCGCUCCCAAUUUCCUUCAAGGCAUCCAGAUCCCUCCCUCGAGCAGCUAAUUCAAGCAAAAUUUGGUCAAAUGCCUCAUCAAGGGCAUCAAAAUGAUUUACUGGAGCUCUUGUCACAUGGAAGGCAUGGACAAAUUUACCCCCUGGAUCAACAGAUUAUUCAGCAAGAUCAGCUGCAUGGGAGUCAGUUACCUUUGGGGCUGAGGCAGCGAUUGGAAAUGGAAGAAGAAAUGCAAAUGGGUCGUGGGUGGCCCCUUGAUGAAGCUAGUCAGUUCCACAGAAAUCCUGCUGCCUCUCAUAGAGCUAUCUCUGCUGGAUUCAGCCCUCUUGAUUUUUAUUCCCAACAAUUACCACCUUCCGAGGAGCAUAUCAGCCAUCUUGGGCGGAAUCUUUCAGUACAAGAUAGACUUCAACCUGGUCUCUAUGACCCUGGCAUGUUGCCUUUUGAGCGCGCAUUGUCAUUGCCGGGUGGAGCAGCUGGGGUAAAUCGUGAUGUUGUGAAUUCAUUGGCUCGUGCUCAAGGUCUAGAAUUGCAGGAGCAGAUUCCACGGAUGCACCCUGGUAGUCAAGUUGAUGGGUUCUCAUCUGGUAUUUACUCGCAGCAUACCAACCACCCUUUCUGGUCUGAGAAUAAUGGUCAAUCAUCAAAUGACUGGAUGGAGUCAAGACUUCAACAACUACAUCUUCAUAAUGAGAGGCAGAGAAGGGAAUUGGAAGCCAGAAGGAGUACUGAUGAUCCUAGUUUGUGGAUGUCCUCUGGAAAUGAUGACAAUUCAAAACGAUUGCUUAUGGAAUUACUGCAUCAGAAAUCUGGGCACCCGUCAAGUGAACAGUUUGAUUUGGUUAAUGGAAUACCACAUGACAGAAGGCCCCCUUCGGAUCACCGUUCUGGCACAAGCAUGGCAAACCAGUCAUUUAGUGUUGUUGCAGAUCAAGAAUCAGGUUUCAGCAAUUCCUUCACUGUUGGGUCUUUUGGUUCUGAUUCUGGUGUACAGCCUCAGAGUCGACUGUCUGAGGGGAUAACAAAUGUUCUCGAAAUCGGUGGAUUGCCUUAUAGAUCUAAAGAUGUAGCAGAAGUUGCAGGAGAACCAUUUGUUUCCCGAACUGGUGAAACCGCUCAGGUAAGCAAUGACAAUUUUACCAUGAAAAACAAGGCAGCCAAAAGACUGACUUCCUCUAAUGGGGAAGAACAAAGAGUCCUCAUCAAUGAAUGUAACAUUCAGGGAAUGACUUCAGAGCCUCAAGAAGGAUUAGUGGAGCGGGCUGCCUUGCCUUCUGUGGAUAGAGUCGAGAUGCCGGUGAAUGUCCUCAGCAAGCAUAAUUCACUUGAUUCUGCUGGUUUUCAAAAUGAAAAGGCUGGAUCAGGUGAUUCUUUUCCGGAGGAUGCUGCUAAGGAAAAGUUGCGAUCGUCCAGUUCAAAAGCACCAGACAAUGUAUUGCUGCGGCGUCCACCUGUCUCACGAGCUGCAUCUUCUCACGAAGGGUUGUCGGAGGUGACUGCUGAUCGUGUCGCCAGAGGGAAAAGCCUUUCAAAUACUGUACCUCCUGAUGGAGUGAGACGAGAACCAGGAGUUAAUGUAGGGAACACGGAUGCAUCUGGGAGAAGAGAUGCACAAUUUCGACGAACAUCCUCCUGCAACGAUGCCGAUGUACUGGAGACAUCAUUCAGCGACAUGCUGAAAAGCAGUGCUAAGAAGGCAGCACCUCAAGAAACCCAUGCUUCGGCAGGGGCAGCAGAGUCGUCGGACGGGAUGCCUGGCGGUCGAAACAACAAAAAGAAGGGGAAGAAAGGUAGACAGAUAGACCCUGCUCUUCUUGGGUUCAAGGUGACUAGCAACCGUAUUAUGAUGGGCGAAAUACAGCGGAUAGACGACUAAUGGUGAAGGUAAAUAUAUUGUACUGAUCAUGUUCACAAUCACUGUACAGGGUUCAGUUUUGUAGGUUAAUAGGAAUAGAACAUUACAAAUACCUCAUCCUCUGAGGGUUGGUGUAAAUACAAGUGCACUCACUAUCGAUAACGGUGCACCUCCUCAGGUUUGAAUAAUUGCAUUCAUUACGUUUUAUUUGUGGUGUUGUGUAAGGGAUUAGGGAUAGAUGUCUGAUAGAAAAUGAUGCCUCUGCUAUUUACAAAAUAGACAAAGAAAGAUCAAUGGAAUUUCAAUUAUAAAUUUUUUUUGUA